AUGUCACAGAUUAUGGCAUCUUCAGACGAAACACCUUCAUGGAAUCCGGCGAUGCUACCAGAACGACAUGGAACUCCGGCAGCGACUGAUUCGAGUGACCUGACAACGAAUUCGAAUGUUGACACGACCGAACCCGUUCCUCCACCCAUUUCCUCCGAAUCAGUUGACGAUGACAUUGCGUUUCUCGAAGGUGGUGCUGUAGAAGAACCCAGCGCUUCAACCGAUGUACAACAAGACGCGUCGAUGGACGUAAUUGAAUCGAGCCGCGCUUUGGAAGCCGAAGUUUCCUCGAAACCCAACAAAUCGCCAGAAGGAACCGUACCUGACGAGACAACGACUGCAGUGACCGAUGCUGAUAAUACAGAGACAACUCAGACUGUUGCGGAAACACUGGUCAAAGAAGAUGGCAAGCACCUUUCCAACGAGCCUGAACGGCAAAUCGAACAAGAUCCGUUUUCGUUUCCCGUGUCCGUGGAUCAAACUGCCGGCCCAGCUGUCCAGGAGCAAACACAAGCUUACGACAGCUAUGAUAGGGCACCGCAAGCUGGCUAUCUUGGAAACCAGGAACAAGUGGCUACGAAUGUUGAAGUGAAUGACACUGCUGGUAACUUCUGGGACGAUGUCGAAGACGACGGCGGAGACGAUUUCUUCGAUCAGCUGAAGACGCAAACAAAGCCUAUCUAUAUGCCACCAGAGCCUGAGACUAGAUUCGAAGAGGGUGUCCCCUUGUUGUCUCCUCAAUCCGCCGAUUUUGAGCCUCUAGCUGAGACCAGAGCUGAGCCCCCUGAGACCCAUGCUGAACCGACUGCUGAACCGACAAUUGAACCUGUUGCGGAACCCACAGCCGAGCCGACAACGACGGCUGAGACUCAGAUUCAUAGAAUAUUCGAUGGCGAUGAAGAUGAAGGGGAAGACUUCUUCAGUCAAGUUCAGAAGCCUGAACCAAAGCAGGAAACUCCGCAUAUCAAGCGCAAGAGCACGUCGGAGGCGAUGGAUGCUGUUGGCGAACCUUUGGAUUCCCCCGUGGAUGAGGCUACCCAGCAGUUUAACGAAAUGUUGUUGGCACCGACAUCGAAUAAUCAAGUGAAGAAGGCUUCUUCGGAGGAAGACUUGGCUGCAAGAUGGCAGGCUGAACUAUCUGAUAAUGAGGAACCUUUGGAGGAGGAUCUUGCUGCGCGAUGGGAGGCAGCAUUAGAUGACGACGAUGAUGAUCUCCUUAUGGAUGAGGCAGCUGGGGAUUCGACCACUGGCCAGGAACAGAAUCUCCCGAACGUCAACGGAGCGAACAGAUACGCACCUCAGACAGGCUUCAAUGGGCCACAAGCCUUUGAAGCCCCGAGCGUGCCAUCAACCACUUCAUACACACCUCACCAACCAUCAACAUCGGACCUUCUCCAGGGUGCCGCUCCAUCCAAUUCGGCUCCUGCUCCCUCGUAUUUCGCACCACAGCCGCCGCCGAAACCUGAAGCGAACAGGGCCGAGAGUUUUGCGGAGCGCUCCAAGCAAGGCUACAAGUCUCCGUAUGAUCUUCCGGAAGAUUUGGCGCGUCCUCGCAGGCCCGCUAAGCCCGUUCUCACUGCUGGCCCUGUCGCACCUCCCGGACCCAUCGCUCCCCCAGCAAGCGUCCCGCCAGCUGGGAGCAUGCCGCCACCUCCUAGGACCAGUAGUAUACCACCACCUGGGCCGUCUGCGGUACCACCGCCUCCAAUGGGUGCUUCUCCGCCGCCAGCGGCAGCGGCUCCCGCCCCGAAGAACUUUUUCGAAGAGCUUCCCCUGCCUCCGCCGCGACCUAAAUCUCGACCUGCGAGUUCAGGAAGGUACACCCCUAACCCUAGCACGGCACCGCCACCAGUUCCGGUUGCAAGCUAUCCACCUCCGCCCCCACCAGCGAACCCUUAUGCCGGAAUCCCUCCUAAUCCCAGCGCGAUGACGACCGCAUCGGCUGCGGUUUCUCAACCACCACCACCGCCGGCUAACCCUUCCGCUAACAUUCCUUCUGGACCCAGCACGACGACUGCUCCAGCAGGGGUCUCGCAUCCACUACCACCACCGGCGAAUCCUUACGCUAACAUCCCUCCUAAUCCUCAACCGCCGAGUGAACCACAGGCACGACCGCAGCCACAGACACAACCACCGCUGCAGUCUCCUGAGCGACUGGAGCCUUACAUGAACACCCUGGCUCCGACUCCCCCAGCUCCUCCCAGCGCUUCAUCAAGAUAUUCUCCAAAGCCACCUGGUUUGCACACGGGAACGAAACCUCCGCCCUCGCCAAGAUAUUCACCUGCCCCGCCACCGGCUUCUGGUCCUGCACGCAAUAAUCGCUACGCUGCGCAACCGACCAGUGCCGCUGCGCCUGGACUGUCUCUUCCGUUCCAACCGCGCACGUCGAGUCCUUUGGCUUAUCAUGAGAAAGUUUCAUACCAACCGGAAGAGCCCGCGAGACGGCCGUCUCUGGAGCCAUCGGCGAGUCUUUCUCCGCCUAAUCGUUUCCAGCCACGACCAAGCCUCGAACAGAGCCCUCCCCGUAUCUCUGAGCCUUCUAAUGAUCUAGCCGAACCCAAGGUUGCGCAGGCCGAACCGGAAAAGGUGACUUCGCCGCUGAACCAGCAGCAGUUGUCUCCGCCUAGGAGCAUGUACGCUCCGCCGACAUAUGUCAAUGACUUUGCGAAUCGCUUCCCACCUAUGGCCACCGGGCCUCCGUCAUUUCCUGUGAUAGAGACACCCGAUGCGGGCGAGUCCCAGUUCGUUCCUCCUCGCAGGUCUCAAACACAAUCCCCUAGUCAGCAACUGUCAGGCCCUAAAUUGUCAGUGCCUUCCAUCGACCCUCUCCAGCGACCUGCUUCUGUGCACGGAUCAGGCUCUCCAACGAAGGCCGUUAGUCCCUACGCACCUGCUCAAGUAUCAGCCACCAGUCGUGUUACUUCUGAACCCCUCAAUUUCAUUCCGCCUAGCGAUGGACAAGAGCUUGAUCCUCUUCAACGAUGGAAAGGAGCGCCAAUUGUCACUUUUGGCUUCGGUGGCGCAGUGACGUCGUGUUUCCCGAAGCACAUUCCCCGUUAUAGCGCUGGACAACCUGCACCUAUGAUCAAGUCCUGCCCAGGUGAGGUGAAGGUAUGCCAACUCAAUGACUGGAUACCACCUGCGGAGGGCAUUGUGGCGCAUCCGGGACCGCUCAAGAGCAAGUCGAAGAAGAAGGACGUUUUGAACUGGCUGUCGAGCAAAAUCGCCGCGUUUGAGAACGAAGGAUUCUCGGGUUCUGACGGACUGGAACCGGAUUCGCAUAAGCGGCACGAGGAGAAAAUCCUUCUAUGGAAAAUCAUCAGGGUAUUGGUCGAGAAGGAUGGCCUCUUGGAUGGCUCGCCAGAUGUCCAAAAGUCGCUGCGCGAUGUCCUCUUCCCACACCUCCAGAACGCUGAAGCUGAUCAGACGUAUGGAAACGGCUAUUCGGCACAAAACAAUUUCCCAGCGUUGAAUGCACCAUCGCAACCUGACGCAAUUGAUUCGCGGUCGAUUGACAUGCUUCGAAACAACCUUAUUCUCGGCGAACGCGAAAAAGCGGUAUGGGGUGCAGUGGAUAAUCGAUUAUGGGGCCAUGCUAUGAUUAUCGCGUCUACUAUGGAGAAGUCGGUUUGGAAGCAAGUCGUACAGGAAUUCGUCCGGAGGGAAAUAAGGUCUACGACAAGCAAUGCCGAGUCGCUUGCUGCGGCAUAUGAGAUCUUUGCUGGGAACUUCGAGGAGUGUGUCGAUGAACUCGUCCCGCCGUCAGCCAGGGCUGGCUUGCAGAUGGUCAGCACGGUUGAUGGGCGGGGGUCAUCUAAGAGCGCUCUCGAUGGCUUGGACAGCUGGAAAGACACCUUGGGCAUGGUCUUGAACAACCGCAGUCCCGAAGACUACCAAGCGUUGAUUUCUCUUGGCCGACUAUUGCUGAGCUACGGUCGUGUGGAAGCUGCGCAUAUAUGCAUGAUCUUCUCUCGUGCUGCGGUAUUUAGCGGUCCUGAUGACCCGCAGGCGAGCAUUGUUCUUCUGGGAGCUGAUCAUCAGCGUUCCCCAUAUUCGUUUGUGCAUGAUGAAGAUGCAAUUCUCCUCACGGAAGUAUACGAGUUUGCAACAUCUAUUCUUGCGACUGCGCCUCAGCCCCCCUUGCCGCAUCUGAUAGGUUUCAAGCUCCACUAUGCUUGGACACUCGCAGAUCGCGGUCGCAAGUCGGAAGCCCAGCAGUACUGCGAUGCGAUUGCAGGUGUUUUGAAGGCGAGCACGAAACCUUCUGGUUACUAUCACCUGCACUUGUUCUCUGCCAUGGAUGACUUGUCGGCGGUUUUGAGACAGACAAAUAGUGAUGGAAGCUCUUGGAUCUCGAGACCAAGCAUGGAGAAGGUGUCUGGGUCAAUGUGGGCCAGGUUCAACAGCUUCGUUUCAGGAGAGGAUAGCGAUGCAGCAUCUAUCGGCUCUGGAAAGGCUGCAGAUGCGGACGUUGGUCCUUUUGCCAGGGUCACUGGAACGCCUACUGUCAGCCGUUCGCCUUCUAUGUCAGACUUGUACGGCGGGUACCCUGCACCUGGGGCGCAACCCAUACCUGGAAACCCCGCCUCGCGGUACCACCCGACUAGCCAGUAUGCGCCGAACUCGUCGCCUGAGCAGUUCCGUGGAAGAUCGUCUAUGGAUUCCCAGAGGUCUUCUGGUGGUUUGGGAUUCUCAUUCGGACGCCGUGGUUCUCAAGAGCCUGCUACCCCGACUGAGAACAACUAUUACCCCGGAGGGUCGUCAUUCAGCUCUCCUCUGGCCGGUUACCAGUCCACUCCGCCACAGACAUCGUACAUGCCUCUUGCGCCUGUGGAGGAAGACCUGCCUUCGCAGCCACAACCACCGCAGCCGGUGUCCGUGCAGUCGCCAGCCGUCAAUGGAUCGCCCUACCAACCCCCGAUGUACACUCCUGACACUUUUGCACAGCCAUUUGCAGACCAGGGGGCGCCAAGCCGGCCACAGCCAGAGAGCUAUGGCUACAUGCCGCCCACAACAGGUUACGGUCCUCCUGUGGCUGAAGCCUCAACAUCCGCCCCUCAAUAUCAGGAAGAAGAUGACGAAGAGGAGAGGCCAAAGAAGUCGAUUAUGGAUGAUGAUGACGAUGACGACCUUGCAGCCCGCUCGGCCGCUCUGGCAAAGGCUGAGAGGGAGAGGCAGGAUCAGGAAGCAAAUGAAGCGUUCAGGAAGGCAGCGGAAGAAGAUGCCAAGAAAGCUCCACCGCCAAAGAAAGGAUGGUUUGGAGGAUGGUUCGGCGGAGGCUCCAAGAAGGAAGAGAGCGUCAACCCCAACAAACCCAUCCGCGCGAAGCUUGGCGAGCAGAACUCCUUCUACUACGACACCGAGCUCAAGAAAUGGGUCAACAAGAAAGACCCCAACUCCGCCACCGCGGCCGCAGCCCCACCACCACCCCCCCGAGCCGGCCCUGCCAGCAGGACUGGCAGCACCGCCAGUCUUCCCCCAACAGCUACACCCCCGAUGGCCAGCGCAACAAGCCGACCGUCAUCAUCUGCAGGCGCAUUUGCACCACCGCCGAUGUCUGGAAGCCCGGCACCGCCAUCUGGACUGGGCGCUCCGCCUCCGUUGCCCCGAUCCGUGUCUACGGGUGCUGCGGCGCCAACUCCGCCUGGAAGCUCGGGGGGUUUGGCACCACCAUCUAGACCUUCGACUUCUUUGAGCAAUGCCAGCUCGAUUGAUGAUUUGUUGGGGGCGCCUACUGCGCGUAAGGGGCCUUCUGGGAAGGGGAAGAAGAAGGGGCGGUAUGUUGAUGUGAUGGCCAAGUAG